AUGGCCAAUCAAGAGGAAGGCAUCUCUAUCAUUAUAUCUUCGCAGACGUCCGGCAGGUUAAGCAAUGAUAUAAAAUGCUGCGAGCAAACCAAAAUUCAUUCGCAAACUCGGUCAGUCCGAAGAUACUCCAAAAAGACUUACGAAGGAAAUAAGAUGUCUGGUCGUGGUAAAGGAGGCAAAGGUCUUGGAAAGGGAGGCGCUAAGCGCCAUCGCAAAAUCUUGCGAGACAACAUCCAGGGAAUCACAAAGCCCGCUAUCCGUCGUCUUGCUCGUCGUGGUGGUGUGAAACGUAUCUCCGGUUUGAUUUACGAAGAAACUCGUGGCGUUCUCAAAGUUUUCCUUGAACGUGAUUCGUGAUGCUGUCACCUACACUGAGCACGCCAAGAGAAAGACCGUCACUGCAAUGGAUGUUGUCUAUGCCUUGAAACGACAAGGAAGAACCCUCUACGGUUUCGGUGGUUAGAUAGUAUCGCCAAGAAGAUAAAGACACAUUAAAAAACGGCUCUUUUAAGAGCCAACAAAUCUAUAAAAGAAUACAAACGAAUUGCAUAUAUGCUCGUUAAUAUUAUGCCCUAUUUAAUGUCCACUCAGCCUGGUAAUUUGACUAGCAGUUCAACCAAAUAAUCCCAGCACGAAAGAAUGUAUACAUCAACAGCUGUAAAGAACAAUACUCUAUAGCGCAGGCAUAUGUGAAGUUGUGAACCAGACUUUACAAAAGUUCACCCCUCUCUAUGUUAAUAAAAUACAUAAUGUUAAGUUGUUAACCUGACAAUGGUGACAUGCAUAUAACUUAGCGGGAUAAAAGUUUUGCUGCGAAACCGGAAGAAUGCAGUUCAAAGUCAUUCUGACAAACUCACACGCCAAGAAGAAGUACCAAUUUCCAAGUUGGACUAAUUUGAAGAACAGGAUUUGUCCGCAGAUAAUUGAACGCGCAAAAAACCGAAGAAAUAAAAUGAUUGAUAUUUCCUUUUAUCCUUGACUUCUAGUCUGUAUAUAAUACGAGGCAUAGUUUUAAAAUCACUCUGGCCUGUUACCUGGCCUAUUUUACAAUUCAUCAAGAACAUGUGCAAAACUAGUGUAAUGCAAAUCAAGAGACGGUGAUGGGUUAAUGAUGCAUAAAAUUGAAUACCUCUUUAUGUUUACUACAUGCAAAAUAUCCUAUGAAACAAUUUCCCUUGCUGUGAAUUUUCUCGGUUUUUCCUAAUCACUGAAAUAUAUACCCACCCAUGCAGCUAUCGACUGGCUCAUAGCCAAUAGAAUAGAUGGUUUGCAAGCUCGAUAGAAUAACAAUAUAACUCAUCGUUAUCUAUGCUAGUCAACGUUUAGUUCAUAAAUCUGAUCCUUCACCGUCACGUGCGUAUUUGUAUUUUUGCCCAACUAGCCAAUGGCAAUAGCAAUGUUUUAUGAAAGUUACCUUAUCCGUGCGACUCGAACGAUAGAUGAGGAGUAAAAUAUGAAAAUUACUAUGGACUGUAUGGGUGCGGAAUUUGACAAAAAUACAAUACACACGUGACGGUGAAGCCUGAAGGUCAGAUUUAUGAAUAAACCGUUGAGUAACAUAGAUGAGUUACAUUGUUAUUUUAAUUAACGAGUUUCCAAACCAUCUAUUCUAUUACUUAUAUAGUGGCACCAUUUACAGUUAAAUUUAGCAUGUAGUAAAAUUUUAUCGAGGUUUGAACGCGAUUUUUGCUUACAAAGUGCAUGUAAACGGAACAUAGACAUUGUGUAUAUACAGAUGUAAUAUGUACGACAAUAUAUAUGUAUUUCUCUAUAAUGAAUGGAAAACUCAUAGGGCAUAGAGCUUGGAACAUACGCUGAAUGUAAUACAGUAAUAGACAAAAUAUUUGAGAACGGAGGUGGGUAGGAUACAGUAUAGGGUAUAAAUAGUUUGUAAGACUGGGGGAAUAGAGUAUUCAAAUUAUUUGUGCCCCGAGUUGUGGCAAGUGCUCAGCGGCAUGGAGUAUAAUAUAAAAGUUGGAAAACACAGACGCCUAUUAUCGAAUUCGUUUGCUUCUUUUAGCACAUUUGUUGGCUCUUAAAAGAGCCGGUGUUUUUUACUGGUCUUUAGGACAGGAUUUAAGCUCGUUCACCACGGAUUCGCCGCGCCAGCUGGAUGUCUUUGGGCAUAAUAGUCACUCUCUUAGCGUGGAUAGCACACAAGUUGGUGUCUUCAAACAAACCAACAAGGUAAGCUUCGCUUGCUUCUUGUAGGGCCAUCACAGCUGAACUUUGGAAACGAAGAUCGGUCUUGAAAUCUUGUGCAAUCUCACGAACCAAUCGUUGGAAAGGCAGUUUGCGGAUCAGAAGCUCGGUUGAUUUCUGAUAACGACGGAUUUCUCGGAGAGCGACAGUUCCUGGCCUGUAUCUGUGAGGUUUUUUCACGCCACCAGUAGCCGGGGCACUCUUUCGAGCAGCCUUCGUUGCCAAAGUCUUUCUCGGUGCUUUUCCACCAGUUGAUUUACGAGCGGUUUGCUUUGUACGAGCCAUUUCUUCUUCGACUUUGAAAUCUCUGCUUCUUGUCUUCGGGAGAACGCGAUCGAAU